AUGGCAUCCAAACGGGCGACUCGAAUCCUGCUCUCCUCGGCCGCGCCGUCGCUGCGAUGCUCUCACGCAUCCAGACAUGGCCUCGUGCGGACCUCCGCAUGCGCUUUCUCGACCACCACUCCAUCACAAGCACCUGAGUUCGAGACCGAAUCAGCAGAUAGGCCCCGAUGGCAGCAGACACCGCCGCGCAUGCAGGCGCCCUUCAGGAUACGGCCGGCGGCAAAAGGAGGCGUGUUCAAGGUCAACGAAGACCCCAAGCGGCUAGACGACGCAUACGUACGGAUGCUGGGCCCUGGUGGUGACAAGGUGCUCGACGAGGAGGUCAAAUGGCUGGCAGUGACACACAAGAGCUUCGACCACGGAAGGCGGGGUUUCAACGACCGACUGGCGUAUCUCGGCCGAAGGAUAGUCGAGCUUCAGACCUCGCAAGCCCUCAUCAAUUCCCCACAAGUCAAAGCCUGGCCUCGAGAGCCCACGGGCGAGCCCAAGGUCGACAACUUUGGCCGCAGGCCCUUUCUCCACCCCGCCCUGGACGGCCUCGCAGGCCUGACCAACGAGGCCGAACAGACGGUGUUGGACAAGACACGAUUAGCACAGAUUGCAGAGCGUUACGGCUUGGACAAGGUCACACGAUGGACACCCAAGCGUGCGGACAACCUCUUGGGCUCUGGUCAAGAAUCCGUACUCAUGACAUCGCUGUACGCUAUUGUCGGCGCUGUUGCAAUGGAGCGCGGUGGCGAAGAAGCCAACAAGGUUGUGCAGAAUAAGAUCCUUACACCGCUGGGCUUCACUUUCAAUGUUGACGCGUAG